AAUGGCCACCGCCAGGCAGCCAGCCUAGAUUCUGGUGAAAUCAGGGAGAGUGCUUCUGUACCGCCUCCGGGGAGGAGGAGGAGGAGGCACAGCAGCGCUGCAAGGAAGCUGGGCAGAUCGCUUGUGAGACAGCGGCCGGAGAGGGCUGUGGAUAUCAGAUUGAAAAGGAGAAGUGGUUUCCCAGAGUGGCUUUUUGCAAGAAGUUUACCGCUAUCUUGCUCUUUCCCAGGGUGCUCUCACGCAUUGUGCUUCUUGCCUUGCUCCUGUCCCAGCACGGAAAGCUUACCUUCGUGUCUGGUGGCUGCUGCAAGCUGCACGGGGAGCUGCUUUUUGCAUGCUCUCAAGGGCUCUCAGCAUUCCUGCUCCAACAGCUGUUUUAAAUCCAAUCCAGUUCUCUGUGCUGAAUUUUUUAAUGGUUUUAAGUCUCCCUCCCUGCACCCCUGAACUCUCACAAGGCAGAGAGUAGCGUGGACUCCUCAGGGCCUCUUGCUCCGGAGACCGCAGUGGACUUCUGCAGACAGCCUGCUCUGCUCAGAGCCUGCUCCAGGAGUGACCCAGGAGGCUUGGGUUGUGCUUUGGCCCCUUCCAUCUCCCCUGCCCUUCUCGCCUUGCUUUGACUCCAGCUGGGCCUGGGCUAUGCUGCAGGGCAGAUUCCCCACCAGAGCUCCAACAUGCCAGCAGCAUUUGGAAAGAGGUUCAAACCCAGCAAAUACGUUCCGGUCUCAGCUGCUGCCAUCUUCCUAGUGGGAGCCACCACCCUCUUCUUUGCCUUCACGUGCCCUUGGCUCAGCCUCUACGUCUCCCCAGUCAUUCCCAUCUACAAUGCUGUUGUCUUCCUCUUCGUGCUGGCCAACUUCAGCAUGGCCACCUUCAUGGACCCAGGCAUAUUCCCACGAGCUGAAGAAGAUGAGGAUAAGGAAGAUGACUUCCGAGCUCCGCCUUAUAAGACAGUGGAGAUCAAGGGCAUUCAGGUGCGCAUGAAAUGGUGUGCGACCUGCCGCUUCUACCGGCCACCGCGCUGCUCCCACUGCAGCGUCUGCAACAACUGUGUGGAGGAGUUUGGCCAUCACUGCCCCUGGGUGAACAACUGCAUCGGGUGACGCAAUUACCGUUACUUCUUCCUCUUCCUGCUGUCACUCACUACACACAUCAUGGGGGUGUUCGGCUUUGGUCUGCUUUAUGUCCUCUACCAGGCAGAGCUCUCUGGUGUCCGCAUGGCCGUCACUAUGGCUGUGAUGUGUGUGGCCAGCUUGUUUUUCAUUCCUGUCGCUGGCCUUACUGGGUUCCACGUGGUGCUUGUGGCAAGGGGCCGCACUACCAAUGAGCAGGUGACAGGCAAGUUCCGAGGUGGUGUCCACCCCUUCACUAAUGGUUGCUGUAAGAAUGUGAGCCGGGUCCUGUGUAGCUCCCCAGCCCCCAGGUACCUGGGGCGCCCAAGGGCUGAGCAGACGGUGCUGGUGAGACCCCCCUUCCUGCGGCCCGAUGUGUCAGAUGGCCAAAUCACUGUCAAGAUCAUGGACAAUGGUAUCCAGACAGAGCUGAAGAGGACAAAGUCCAAAGGAAGCCUGGAGGUGAUGGAGAGCCAGUCUGCUGAUGCCGAAACGCCACCCCCACCUAAGCCAGACCUCAGCCGCUACACGGGCCUGAGGACACACUUAACCCUGGCCACCAACGAGGACAGCAGCUUGCUAGGCAAGGACAGCCCCCCGACACCCACCAUGUACAACUACCAGCCUGGAUACAGCAGCAGCAGCAGCUCAGCUGCCCUGCCCCAUUCCACCAGCACCAAGCUGAGCCGAGUAAACAGCCUGAAGGAGCCCAACUCCAUUGGCGAAGGCAGCCGCAAGCCCAGCUACCGCUCAGAGCCGAGCCUGGAGCCUGAGAGCUUCCGUUCGCCCACCUUUGGCAAGAGCUUUCCCUUCGACCCGCUGUCCAGUGUAUCCCACUCCUCCAGCCUCAAGUCGGCCCAGGGCACGGGCUUUGAACUGGGCCACCUGUAGUCCAUCCGCUCCGAGGGCACCACCUCCACCUCCUACAAGAGCCUGGUGAACCAGACACGCAACGGGAGCCUGUCGUAUGACAGCCUGCUCACACCUUCCGACAGCCCCGACUUCGAGUCGGUGCAGGCCGGCCCUGAGCCCGACCCACCGGUGGGCUACACAUCACCCUUCCUCUCGGCCCGCAUUGCCCAGCAGCGAGAGACCGACCUGCACGGCCGCUUUGCUGCCGCCAUCUCACCCAAGCAUGUGCCACCCCGCGAGCCCUCACCCGUGCGCUAUGACAAUCUCUCCUGCCACAUCGUGGCUUCCAUCCAGGAGCGGGAGAAACUGCUCCAGCAGCCUCCCGCAGCGGGCAGGGAGGACGAUGCUGGGCUGGCAGACUCGGGCAUCCAGUCGACGCCAGGCUCCAGCCAUGCCCCCCGCACCAGCUCUUCCUCGGACGAUUCGAAGCACUCGCCUCUGGGCAAGAAUCCGCUCACCCGCCCGGCCCCUCCCUGCUUUGGCAAGCCUGAGCCCUCCCACGCGCUGCGGGUGCGCUCCCUGGGCUCACCUGAGCAGCCCACUGCCCCUCACUUGGGCAAAUCUGUGUCUUACAGCAGCCAAAAACCAGCAGCGUCUCAGGCCAGCAUCCCCAAGACCGAGCAGGUGGCCUUGCAGCCGUUACUGGCACCAAAAGAUGAGAUGCAGAUGAGAACAUCCUGCAGUAAGUCCAAUGGGCAACCCAAGAGCCUGAGCUCGGCCACCCUCGGCUCAGGAUCCGUGCCUGUCAGCAGCCCCACGCGUGGAGGAGUCAAGAAGGUUUCUGGCAUGGGGGGCACCACGUACGAGGUCUCAGUAUGAGGGGCAGAGCCGCUCGCCCGCUCACCUCCUGGCUGGGCACCCACUGGCAC